AAGGGGGUAUAAAAGCACAAUUUCUUCAUCAGUCUCUACAGUUCUCGUUUUGUAACAAAGUGGUUGAUAAGUUUUAUAAAAAUGUACAAGUACCUCCUUUUUGUCUCCCUUAUUGGAUUAAGCACAUGUUUCCCCGGCAUCAUUGACUCUGGACAUGGUCUCAGCUCAUGGAAUGGUGGCGGCGCAGAUUGGCAAAAGGCUUUGGCUAGUGUAGGAAUCGGUGCUAGUCUGGGCCACUCCCCUGGAUUGGAUGAUGGUCAUGGCCAGGGAUCCCCUGACGGUUCAAUCGGUGGUGAUUUCCAUCACGGAGUGAGCGUGGUUAGUACUGGAGGCGGAAAUAAAGGAGCUGUAUUCGAUUUAACCAAUCAAGGAGAUGCAGGCCACCAUGGAGCCUUUGGAGGCAGUUUCGUAGCUUCUAGCAAAUACAGCGCUGGUGGCCAUGGAGGAGAUGGCGGAAGCUCUGGUGGAUUUGGAGGUCACGGAGGAUACGGAGUUUCAGAGGGUACCGGCUUCGCUGGACACUACAGUGACGUUUUAGGAGCCAGUCAACCAGUUGCUGGAUAUGACGGUGGACAUCUUGGAGGUGGCCACGAAGCACUUACUGCUCUUCAGGGAAGCAUCGGCGGAGGAGAAGGAUUAGGAGGAUACCAUUAGUAGUACAUUGAUUGUUAUUUUUGUUGUUGUUGUUUUUGUACAUAUUUAUUUUUUUAUUGUUUUUAUUGAAUAAAUUUUGUUAUAAAAUAA